AUGGAGGCUGGUCUCACUGAGAGCGAUGCCCACAGAACAGAAGAAGAAGAGACAGACAAGAAGCAGCCAAUCAGAGUGAACUUUACAGAGCCCAGAGGAAAUAAGAAGAGCUGCAGGAAACUUCAUCAAACUUCAGUAAAUCACCGGAAACUCAAGACUUCUUCCAGGAGGUCCGCGGACCUUCAGCCGGUCUCGGAUCCGUGUCCUCUGUGUGAUGAAGCUAAAGAAGUCCUGCAGCCGUUCAGACACAGAUUUGUCUUCCAGCAGGUGGACAUCAGCCAUCCAGAGAACAGGAAGUGGUUAGACAGGUACAGGUGGGACAUACCUGUCUUCCACCUGAAUGGACAGUUUGUGAUGAAGCACAGAGUGGACAUCGUCCUGCUGGACAAACUGCUGCAGGAUGCUGAGACACAGAAGACAUGACACCUGGAUAUGAACUAAUAAUCAAUAAAUAAUGAUC